UGGACCCACCUUCGGGCAAGUGGCCAAUAGUUAGUCCGCCACUUCCAGUGCUCGACGUCUAUAGUGGGGUCGAGUGGGUUGCCGCAGCGCACGGUCCAGCGCAGAUAGGCCCCAGACGGCCCCGAUUGAGCGCCAAGCAUGGCACCGACAACCGCUAUCAGCUCGGCCAGGCUUGUAUUAGGAAACUUUUUCUGGGCCGGACACGAAACCGCAUCCACGACCCUCCUUCGAGAUACCACCGCCGUCCAGCCUCGUGUCUCGCAGGACCGUCCGAUUAUACCGUGUUGGGAUGAGGGAUUUGGUUAAUUGAACAUGAAAAGGAUACGAUACCAGCAAUUAUCGCGCCAGUGGCUUGCCACAACGCCCGCCCGCUCUGCGACACCCUCACAAGUAUCCCGACUUUCAAGGCCAGCACCGACUGCCUUGCAUUGCCAGAGAAGAUGCCAAUCCGCCACAUCAGUAACGCCCGAGGCGAUAUUCGACGAAGCAGAUAUCCAUGAGUCACCGGAAGAGAGCGCCAAUGUCCACGAAGUUGGUUCGAAACAGCUUCUACCUUCGCCACAUCCUGAUAGGGCUUUAUUUUCUGCUAAACUGGCGGCCCUUCAUGCGCGGUUGUCUCUAUCCUCCAAAAUUCCUCGCCAAGUUCUCGCACGAGCUCUCGUAGACCCUUCUGCCGACGCUCACCCCAAAUUCAACAAUGCCAACCUCGCCUUCGUGGGCGCUUCUUUGCUCCAAUAUCACACCUCGGAGUGGUUAGUGACGAGAUACCCCCGUCUACCCAUGUCCAUCUUAUUUGCGGCCAUGAAGGGCUACGCUGGCGAUCCCGCCUUACACCGAAUUGCCCGGGCCUGGGGUGUAGAAGCUGCCGCAGCCCCCGGCGAAGAGGUGGACCCGGGAUACCUCCAAUUCUCCAAGAACAACCCGACGGUGAAGAUGCAUAAGUGGGGUUAUGCUCGCGCCGAGUCGAAAGAGUUGAAUAAGUACAAGUGGCGUCGCGGCAUGAGCAGUCGGAUAGUUCUCGACGACCCAUUCGGCAACCUGGCAGAUGGAUCCGAGGAUACCCCACCAGAGACCGAUUUAGAAGUUAGUGAUGCUCGGAAUAAAAAGGAUCUGCUUGUCAACAGCGUAGACAAGAACGCCCACGCCAACUUUGUACGCGCCGUUGUCGGCGCCAUAUAUCUGCAUUGUGACAGCGAAACCGCAAAGAUGUUCAUCAAGUCCCAUGUGCUCUCCAGACAGCUAGACUUGUCGAACUUGUUUAACUUUACGCUCCCUGAACGAGAGCUGACACGAUUGUGUGCCCGCGAGAAUUUCGACCCACCCGUCGCACGAUUACUGAGCGAGACUGGUCGUCUGAGUAGGACCCCCGUUUAUGUCGUCGGCAUCUACAGUGGUUACGACAAGCUGGGCGAGGCUGCCGGCCCUAGUUUGGACGCUGCGAAGUCUGCCGCUGCUAUUAACACGCUUAAAUCAUGGUACCUAUAUAGUCCCGGCGAGGUCGGUUUGCCGAGCGAUACCUUUGCCGAGGACGCCGCUCCCUGGAAACCAGUCUAUGUUGACAUUGGCGAGAUAAUAUCUUGAACGCUAUUACCUAUGAAGAGCGCAACAGAGGCGGGGUAUUUGUACGAGAUAUGUAGAAAGCUCAAUUCGCUCCAUGCGAUUUGUACGAUUGAUUGAGGGUGUUGGGGAUUCCGAGGGUAAACAACAGGGAACGACGACCCGACUCACGCUCAUCAUCAUCAUCAUCAUCACUUACUCACAAAGACGGUCUGGUGUCGGUUAAAAUCAUUGGUUAGAUGAAACCCGUGUAUCAUAUCAUGCCAUAUCAUGUUGGGAAAGGAGGUUGAAACAAUGGCCAACUACAUGUAGAAACACAUACAUACAUACAACAAACAAGCAACAACAACAACAACGAUGAGAAAAUAUAUCUCUCGGUUCGAUUCAAUCGAUCGGUUGUAAAGCGAUGACGUUGGGAAUAGCCUCAAAGACCUACCUAGCUCUAUAAUAAAAUGUAUAUAUCAGACCA